CCCUCAGCUAUUGUCUCCCCCCCAACUACAGCUUCUGUCCCACCGGCUUGUGGUUCUCCAUUGAUCUCAAGUAGGAUAGUGGGAGGCUCUAAUGCCACAGAUGGAGAGUGGCCCUGGCAGAUCAGUAGUGGCUUCAAAGGUUCACACAUCUGUGGGGGGUCUGUGAUCUCCAACCGGUGGAUUCUGACAGCCGCCCACUGCUUUGAAAAUUCCUGGUCUCCAUCAGACUAUGAGGUUCAGCUGGGUGCAUACCAGUUGUUUCAGACAAGUCCUAAUGAGAUCAUAUCCAGUGUGGAGAGAAUUAUUGUGAACUCAGAGUAUGUCCACCCAUCAAAUGGUGCAGAUAUUGCCUUACUGAACCUAACAAGCCCCAUCACUUACACAAAGUACAUCCUACCCAUCUGCCUACCUUCAACAUCUGACAGCUUCAAUGAAGGCAUGGAAUGUUGGGUAACUGGAUGGGGCACAACUGUCUAUGAAGCAAAACCUCACACCCUGCAAGAAGUGAUGACCCCACUUAUUAGUAGGGCAAGUUGUAACCAAAUGUACCACCUCGACUCCCAGACCAGUGCUAGUAUUGAGAUAAGUCCAUCAGACCAGAUCUGUGCUGGAUUUGCAGCUGGGCAGAAGGACUCCUGUCAGGGAGACUCUGGGGGACCACUUGUCUGUAAAUUACAGGGAAUCUGGUAUCAGAUCCGCAUUGUGAGUUGGGGAGAAGGUUGUGCAGAUAAAAACCGACCUGGAGUUUAUACCUUGGUACCUGCUUAUCAGUCAUGGCUCUCCUUAUACAGUGCAACAGAGAAUACAAUUAAAGUAGACAGUUUCAACACAGAAAACAGUGUACCCACAACAGCAACCACCACACAGAAGACAACAACAUCUUCUUCAUCUUACUUAAGUAACUCAGCACUCCUGUUUGGUGCCGGCUUCCUGCUCUGCAUAUGGAACAUUGUGAUGACUAAGGACUAA